CAUGUGUCUCCAUCUGUAUCAACCAUUGUAUUCAACCACACCCAGUCACUCUACUAUGCGCAGCUUUCUAGCUCUGUCAUUUAUUUUGCUUAUUUCGUCGGUGGCAGCCACUGGUGUUGUUUAUGAUAACCAGUACGGUGUCACGCUGUUCAAUACCAAAGGGGCAAAGCCGGCAAUACAGACUGCAUCGCCUGACGAGAUCGACGGUGCGAGACUGAAUGACUUUGGCGAGGUCUACGACAAGCGGCACAGGGAGCCGUCGGAAUAUGACAUCAGACGGAGUGGCGCACACAAUGAAGCUGACGAGCGCCAGCCUGACGGGCAUGAAGGGAAGAACGGUCAAGAAGCUGCGGGUGACGAUACUGGCAGCGACCAUUCGCUAGCACCGUACAAGUUGAACAACUCUGACGCGAUCCAAGAGCUUGAGGAGCGCGUGCAGGAAGAGAAAACCAAGCUUCGUGAUGCACACAUAAUCCCAGAUGUGCUGCCAGACUCAUUUGUUGCAGAAUUCCCCGUGUCAGUCAGGUAUGCCGACAAAGAGGCGGCCAUGGGCCAGGUGCUAUCCAUCAACGAGACCCGCGAGGAACCCACGAUUGAAUUUGACGCACCGCCCAACGAGGUGUUCACAGUGGCCAUUGUGGAUCCAGAUGCCCCAGCAACCACCCGCCACGGAUACCGCUCCUUCAGGCACUUCCUGGUUUCCAACCUGGACUCGACUCCAGACAGGCCUACCAACAUCAUCACUGAGUACCUGGGCCCGCUUCCGUCCUUCAACUCGGGCUUCCACCGCUAUGCCGUGGUAGUGCUGAAGCAAAAGGAGCCAUUUAACGUCACCAGAGACGAUGUCCCAAAGUCGCGCGUGCGCUUUGAUGCGGUGCAGUGGGGAAAUGAGCGUGGCAUGAAGCCGGUGGCGGCUACAUACUUUGUGGUCAAGCGCAACCACGUCAAUGACGACCUAGACUAGGUACAGAAAGUUAUGCAUUAAGCUCCGAAUAAAACGCUG